CUAUGGUCUCAUCGAAAUCAAAACAAGUUUUUAAAGAAUUAGUUAUUGGAAAAAAUAGCCACAAAUUAAAAUAUAAGUAUAGUUAAAAAUAUCGAAAGCAUAAAAUUCUACCCACAAAAAGGAAUUACUCGUCUGAAUGUUGUUUAAAAUUAUAGUUCUAGAAUACCUAUCAAAUACCUACUCUGUGAUAAAAUGAUACCUUGUUUUUGUUUUUGAAUUCUAUUGGAUAUCGAACUUUAUUGGUGAAAUUAUUCCUAGAAUUUAUUGUUCUUUGUAAAAACAAGACAAUAUGAACGAAAAUUGCCCUAUUUUAAAAAAUAUAGAUACGGGAGCAGUAAUAGAUAUUUACGAAAGUCCAUUUACAAUUGGAAGGAGCCUGUUAUCUAAUUACGUUAUCGAAAAUAAAAUAGUAUCAAGGACUCAUUUUACUCUCAAUAAGACACCAAGUGGCUGGACAUUAACUGAUUCUAGUACAAAUGGAACAUUUAUUAAUUCAAAUCAUUACCACUCAAAAACAUCACCUGUCUUAAAAAAUAACGAUGAAAUAAGUUUGGGAAUUGGAAAUUAUUCUUAUAAAUUUUUACAGGCUUCUGAGAGUGUACAGGAUGUGUCUAGUAUAGACUCCAAAACAUCUAACAAUAUACAAGAUAUUAGUGAUGAAUUACUUAACAAUUUGGCGGAUAAUAUUCUACAGGAUAUUGAAAGCACCACCAGACCUCUUCCUGUGAGUUGUGCCCCUCCCAGUGUGAUUCAGCCAAAUACAGUGUGUCAAAGUGUAUCAAACCAAAGUAAAGUUCAACCUAGAGACACAAAUACCGUUCACAUAAAUCAAAUAGCAGGGCCUUCGAACAUAGUGAGUGUUAUAGAUACGAAAAAUCCAAAUAAAAAACUUAAACUAGUGCUAGUAACUCUUAAGAAAUGUAAUAAUUCGAUUUACUUUCAAAAUCAGAACAUAGUAAACCCUGAGGGAAAAAUAAAUGAGAAUGAGAGUAGUGCACAGAGCAGUAAUAUUGUAACACCAUCAGAAUCAUGUGAUAUAGUAGAUAGUAUGAUGGUGCCUCUACCAGAUAAUGAGGUUGUUAUAAAUAGUGCAAUUGAGCCUACAGAGGGACAAAAAAAUGAGCCAGAUAGCCAUAACCCCAGUUCUCCACAAGCAGGGUUUAGUAAAGCUACAGAGAAGACUGUGCCUUCAACUGCUGCAAAUAACCAGAAAUUUGAAGAAAUGGAGGAUGAACUUACCUGUACAAUCUGUACCAGUUUGUUUAUAAAAGCUGUGACGUUAGGAUGUUCCCAUUCUUUUUGUCAAUACUGUAUAGAUAUGUGGAAGAAAAAGAAAAUGGAAUGUCCAAUAUGUCGGAAAAAAAUCACGUCAAGCAAUAGAACGCUGGUUUUGGAUAAUGUGAUUGAAAAGAUGCUUGAGAAUGCUCCCGAAGAUAUGAAAGAGUAUAGAAAAACUGCCUUGGAAGAACGGCAAAAACUUGAGGAGCCCAAAAAGAAUGUUCAAAAAAAAGGCCCAGUAGCACGACGUGGUGGGAGACAGAACUCCAACAGUAGAGGUCCAGGUCCAGUUAUAGUUAUACAAGAUUCACAGUCAAGUGAAAGCUCUAAUAGUGAUAUGAGUGAAUAUGAUGACUCUGAGUGGGAGGAUGGGGUUCCAGGAGCAUACUAUGGCGGUUAUGGAAGAUGUUUCAACUGCGGUGCCAGAGGUCACUGGACGACUGGAUGUCCUUUUCGGUGAAUUUUGAGUAAAAAUAAAAUUGUUUAUAAUGACACGAACUUUAUCUUAAUAAUAAAAUAUGUCUAUAUGUCUCCCAAAAUUU